UAGCAAGCUUCCGGACAAGAAGACCCAAGCCUCACAACACACUUCAUACACUCAAGACAAAAACCCAAUCCCGAUCCUUCAAAAUGCGGUUGUCCGUCCUCCUGUCCGUCCUCCCCCUGGUGCUGGCCGCCCCCGCCAUCGAGAAGCGAGCAGAGCCUGCUCCUCUCCUUGUUCCCACUACCAAGCACGGCCUCGUCGCCGACAAGUACAUUGUCAAGUUCAAGGACGGCAGCUCCCUCCAGGCGGUCGACGAGGCCAUUAGCGGCCUCGUCUCCAACGCCGACCACGUCUACCAGCAUGUCUUCCGUGGGUUUGCUGCCACUCUGGACAAGGAGACUCUCGAGGCUCUUCGCAACCACCCUGAAGUCGACUACAUUGAGCAGGAUGCCGUUGUGAAGAUCAACGCCUAUGUCUCGCAGACUGGCGCCCCCUGGGGCCUUGGCCGCAUCUCCCACAAGGCCCGCGGAAGCACCACCUAUGUCUACGACGACAGCGCCGGUGCCGGCACCUGUUCAUACGUGAUCGAUACUGGCGUGGAUGCUACACACCCUGACUUCGAGGGCCGCGCCACCCUGCUCCGUAGCUUUGUUAGCGGCCAGAACACUGAUGGCAACGGCCACGGCACGCACGUCUCGGGAACCAUUGGCAGCCGCACCUAUGGCGUCGCCAAGAAGACGCAGAUCUACGGCGUCAAGGUGCUCGACAACAGCGGCUCCGGCAGCUUUUCCACCGUCAUUGCCGGCAUGGACUACGUCGCCAGCGACUCCCAGACGCGCAACUGCCCCAACGGCUCCGUCGCCAACAUGUCGCUGGGAGGCGGCUACACGGCCUCGGUCAACCAGGCUGCCGCCCGCCUCAUCCAGGCCGGCGUCUUCCUGGCCGUGGCCGCUGGCAACGACGGCGUCGACGCCCGCAACACGUCGCCUGCCUCCGAGCCCACCGUCUGCACGGUUGGUGCCUCGACCUCUUCUGAUGCCCGGGCCUCCUUCUCCAACUACGGCUCCGUCGUCGACAUCUUUGCCCCUGGCCAGGACAUCCUGUCUACUUGGCCCAACCGCCAGACCAACACCAUCUCUGGCACCUCCAUGGCCACUCCUCACAUCGUCGGCCUCGGUGCCUACCUUGCAGGGCUCGAGGGCUUCAGCGACCCCCAGGCUCUGUGCGCUCGUAUCCAGUCUCUUGCUAACCGCAACCUGCUCUCGGGCAUUCCAUCUGGAACCAUUAACGCCAUUGCUUUCAACGGCAACCCUUCCGGUUAAGCGAUUUAACUAGGGAAGAAAAGAGUGAAAGAAGAGAGCACGCAAAUGGUGACUUAUGCAUACCUGACUGCUGAUGGUGAUUCAGGAUUGCACAUUGUUUGAGAUGUAUAUAGAGCUUAGCUCAUUAGCUUGACUUGAAUGAUGUUGCCAUGCUUUCU